AAGUUGGGACUAAUACUGAUUUGGUUUGCAUCGCGCUUUUCACCAGAGGAUAAAAAGUGCAAAUAUUAUGCAUUUCCGGAUUUAAUAUCUGAUAAGUCAAACUGCUUCUUGGAUUCACUUUGUUCACUACUUUUAUUUUCCUUGGCGUUCGAUUGUUCAUUUUCCUAACUAGAUGUCUGGUCUUACGAUCCUAGAUGUUGAUCUUGGCCGUUAUAGAGACGUUUAUCUCAAUGGUUUCUCUAAAAUCGCUAACAAAGAUGUCCUUCUUCAAUUAUUGUCCAACUAUUUCGACAACACCGUGAUGAAGAAACUGAAGGACUCUUUUCCAGCAGACGAUCAGUUCAAUCUCCUUGGAGUAGGCGUGGGUGAAGGUCAUAAUGAACUUCAUUUUCUUACGCGACUUGGAUCUCACUUUACAUCAGUUAAAAAUGUAGCUGUGGAACCGAAUGAAGGGUUACUCGAAAUGUUCGAAACAAACGCUGAUAAAUGGAGUUCUGAAAGUAAAGCAAAUUGUGAAUCUAAAUGGUACAUCGGAACCCUCUCCGAAUUCUUCGAUGAAAGCCCUCUGGCGAAAUGCAAGUACAACAUGAUCAGCGCUAUACAUUCAUUGUACCAUACCGGUGACUUUGAGACGACCUUCACCCGGCUGAUGUCAAUGCUGAAAAUCAAUGGUGUCAUGUUCAUUGUUUUGUCUGAAAGGAAUUUGAUAGACCAAUCCCACCGUGAAAAGGAAUGGCUACCAGCAAGUCAUCGCUAUUCAGGAAAACCAAGGUCGGAAAAGGUGGUGGAAAUUGCCAAAAGGAAGAGGUUUUCUAUCACCGCAUUGGAUCUGGAUAUAAAGUGGGAUGUUACUGAUCUAUUUAAUGAGAAGUCGGAGCUAGGGGACAAACUCGCCGAUUUUAUGGCGGUCACAGCCUACUUUCGAAAAACGGCAUCGGCUGAAAUGAGAGAGGAAUUACUCGGUUUUUGGCGGUCUUUAUGCUCUGAAGAUGAAGAUGGGCGCAUGCGCACACCAUCAGGAGAGAUGUUAUUUGUCGUUACAAAAUAGAUCCCAUUUAUUUAGACCAUUCGUUUUUCUCAUUUACUUUUAUUUAGCUAUUUUUCAGGCGCGGAUCCAGGAGGGG